AUGGUACUGGCUAGAAUUAAGGUUGUCCGGAACGACAGACUGACAAAGGAUAAACAGAUGAGGGAUGACAUCAAGCGACGCCUGCAGGAAGGUCACGAAGUCGCUGCUCGUAUCCUGGUUGAACAUUUGACAAGAAUCCAGAAUUCAUUGGCUGCCUAUAAACUCAUUGAAAUCUUCUGCCAAUUGGUCGUGGAGAGACUCUUAAUCAUCAAAAAGCAAAGGCAAUGUCUGCCUGAUUUGAAAGAAGGGGUUGCUAGUUUGAUCUUUGCAGCCCCAAGGUACUAUGAGAUUCCGGAACUAAUGACAGUCAAGAAAUUUUUUGAGAAGAAAUAUGGAAAAGAUUUUGUAUCUGCAGCUAAUGAUCUAAGACCCAACUGUGGAGUGAGUAGGAAGAUGAUUGAGAAUCUCUCUAUCAAAGCCCCUAGUGGUGAAGCGAAGUUGAAACUCAUGAAGGAAAUAGCCAAGGAGUGUAGCGUUGAAUUGGAUGCAACAAAAUAUGAAAAGGAGCUUUUCGAACCUAGAGAAGAGCUUAUAGAAGGACCAACAACUUUUGUUAGUGGUGCUACAUUACCUCUGCAAUGUGUUCAGUCGAAUAAGGUUAUGAAAACAAGUUGUGAAGAAAGGGGAAACAUGCAUUAUCAAGACGCACCAUCAGCCGCAGAAGCGGCUACCAUAUUCGCUAGUGAGGCCAUGUCUGCUGCACAAGCUGCUGCAAUUCUUGCCAAUCAGGCAUCAUCGCAAUCACCUCAUUGUGUCGAUAGUACUAUGUCCGAGACUCCAAAUGUCGAUGAUGAUGAAGGAUUAGUUGUUGAUGAGGAAGAAACGCCUUUUAGUGAUGAAAUGUUCGCACGCUUCCGUGAGCUGAAGUUGCGCAGAUGA